UGUAACACUUCAAGUCAAUGAAGGGAUAAGUACUUUUUACUUUACUUUACCUUAUCAUCGAAAGAGAGGAAAAAAAAUUCGGGAUGUGUAUAUCCCAAAAAGGCAGUGCCUCGUUUUCUUCGUGCUUCAACGUCCUCAAGCUUUUACAUUAGUGUAGGUGGAAAAGCUCUGAGGCAAAAGGCGCCCGAGACGCCCUGCAGUCGAGUCGUGAAAACGACGUCGACGACGACGACGACCGACAAGAAAACCACGAUAAGAUAAUUAAGAGUUUGGAGAGUCGUCAUCAGCUAGAGGCAAAAUGUCAGGCUUCGACGAGAACCCCUUCGGCGAGCCCAAUGUUAAUAACGAUCCCUUCGCGGAUCCAGCAGUACGUAAGGCAGCGAGUUCUGUUCCAAAUAGUGGAAUUGAUGACUACAAUCCAUUUGCAAAUCAAACUGGAGCUACUGGACCACAAGUUAGAGGAGCUACAAAUCCUCCCAUUUAUGGAGGCACUGCCAAUCAACCGAACCAAACUCCAUCUUAUGGAGGUACAGCUGUUACAGCACAACAGCCUGCUAUGCUACAAACCUCGAGCCAAGAAGCUCCACCACCAAACUACACCCGAACUCCACAGCAAAAUAUUCCUCAGUCAAGCAGUGGGUCAUUUUCACCCACUAGUCAACCACCAAAUGAGCCAUGGAGGAGAAAUACACAAGAUAUGAGUAAUGCACCGUAUUAUCCAAGAAGAAAUAACUGGCCACCAGUACCCGAAAGUUGUUGUGUACAACCAUGUUUUUACCAAGACAUUGAUGUUGAAAUACAGCCUGACUUUCAGAAAAUUGUUCGGCAAUUGUAUUAUUUGUGGAUAUUUCAUGCUGGAGUAUUGUUACUCAAUGUAGUUGUUGGUUUCAUAUUGUUACUGGCUGAUGAUCGUGAAGAUAAUUUCACAGUAUUUGGACUAGGUCUCGUUUAUCUGAUACUUUUCACACCGUUUUCAUUUCUUUGCUGGUUUAGACCAGUCUACCAAGCCUUCAAGAAUGACAGUUCUUUCAAUUUCAUGGUAUUCUUUUUGAUAUUCUCCUUCCAAGCUUUUAUAACACUUUUCCAUUUUAUAGGAUUUCCUAGUUCCGGAACUUGUGGAAUUAUCAGGGUACUGAUGACAUUUUCAACAAAACCUAAGGGUUUAAUCCUUGGUAUCCUUGUGCUGGUCACUGCUGUUGGAUUUCUAACUGCAGCAGUUGCAGACAUUGUUCUAAUAAGCAAGGUGCACCGCAUUUACCGCAAUACCGGAGCUAGUGUAUCCAAGGCCCAACAGGAAUUUACCUCAAACUUUUUACGUAACGAGCAUGUACAAACCGCUACAGCGAACAUAGCUGCCUCAGCCGUCCGCAACCAAGUUAACACUAUGACGCAGCAACCACGUUACUAAAUGAUAAUCACAUGAAGACUUUGACGAGAAAAACAAGCUCAGCGGGAAGAGGUUACUGAAAAAUCAACUGAAUUGAAAUCUGUAUUUAUUUAAAAAAAUUUUUUGUCUUGACAGAGUUUUUUCUCAAGACUGACGGAUGAUUGUCAUAAUAAAUAUCUAACAGCGUCGUAUAAGUAUUUGUGUGAGUUGACUUUAUUUUUGUUUCAGCAUGCUAUGAAACGUUAAAUUUGCAAGUGUUAAGUAAACAAAGUUGACGUACAUGAGUGUAAAGCUUAUUCUAAGAAAAAUGAUAAAUAUGUAGCUAGAAAUCGAAUAGAAACUUUGCGCUGAGUGAUAGAGGAUGACUGUAAGUGGGAAUUAAAAAUUAAGGUUUAAUUCAAAACCGCUCUCUUGGUAUGUUUCACGCUUUAAGUGUUUUUUAUUUUCUAUUUAAUUUACUGUAC